AUGUCUUACUCCUUUUUCAAUCACUCUGCAGGGGCUACAAGUCACAAGAGAAGCUUAAUGCCAAAUGCCAAUGAUCGCGGCCUCUCUUCGUUUGAAGAAGAGCAACAAGAAGAAUGCUCUGAUUCAUCCAUCACCCGGGAGUCUCCGAGAAACAAACAAUGCCGGCGGUCUCCUCCACCUCCCCGACCAAACUACUCAAUUGUACCCUCAACCAUUAACCUCGAACAGCAAUCUCAUAAGCCCCAUCUAGACACGUUCCCUAAGUUCAUGGACCUUCCACUAGAACUCCGAAUUAAGAUAUAUGAAUUCGCAUCUCUAGAACCGAGAGCAGUUCCUAUCUGGCCCGUCUAUACCGACCGAAAAAACGACGACGUCGAAUUUCGAUUUGCAUCCGAGACUCCUGCCAUCAUGCAAGUCUGUCACGAAGCUCGAAGAGAAUCACAAAAGCUUGACAUCUAUGCACCAACUUCUGAUACCCCAUCUCCCCUUCCGCGUAUCUGGUUAAAGCCUAGUAUCGAUAUCGUUUGUCCUGUCCGCAACGGGAGUCCCAUAUGGACAGUUUUCCAAUUCUUGAAAUUCAGUCAAAUGAUAAAUCGCUUCAAUAUCGAACGCUUAUGUAUUGAUUCUUUUGAAUUUCAAUGUUCCCAGUUAACAGACAAUUUGCACACGUUUGUCGUCAUCCCAAAGUGGAUGAAUCAUAGUCUUCGCCAGAUUCUAGCUUACAGUUCACUACAUCCGAUUAACAUCCGUCGUCAGCCUCUCAGAAUCGUCAGUUCGACCAGGGUUAAUCUCGAACGAGAUUCUGAGGAAGUCAUGCUGCAUUCUAUGGAGGCUGAUAGCAGAUUCGAAGAACUGGAAGAUUUGAUGGGGAAUCUCAGCUCUUUGCAAAGUGCUCAGAAUGAGUUGGAUAAGAUGACGGGUGAAAGAUUGGUUCACAUGCCUAGCUGGCUCUAUAAGCAUCGGACAACAUGGACUCAACCGGAGCUUAUAUGCUGUGCGGCCUUGUAG